ACAUUAACGAAAUUAAGAUGCUUUAUUUAUUUCAUCUCUUCAGGAUAUUUUGGUGGCUGGAACAGACACAAGCGCUGCUACUUUGGUAUGGACAAUGAGUGAAUUAAUGAAGAACCCUAAAACCAUGAAUAAAGUCCAACAAGAAGUAAGAUCAAUCAAACAUGAGAAUAUCAAUGAUAAUCAUUCUCAAAUAUGUUGUCACGUCCUUGAAGAUGAUCUAGAUAAACUAGUUUAUUUAAAGGCCGUAGUGAAAGAGACAUUAAGAUUGCAUCCCCCGGCACCACUUGGAGUCCCUCAUCUAGCAACUCAAACAUGCAAGAUAAUGGGAUACGAAAUUCAAUCGGGAGAUAUUAUCUUUGUGAACUUGUGGGCUAUUGGGAGAGAUCCCGAGUAUUGGGAAACCCCUCAAGAAUUUAGUCCCGAGAGAUUUCUAGAAAGUGCAAAGAAUAUUGAUUUUAGAGGGCAAGACUUUGGGCUUAUUCCUUUCGGGGCGGGUAGGAGAGGGUGUCCUGGAUUAAACCUAGGGGUUGCAAUUGUAGAGCUUGCACUGGCUAAUCUACUUUAUGAAUUUAAUUGGGAGCUUCCUCUUGGAAUGAAGAAGGAAGAUAUUGAUUCAGAUGUUAGACCGGGUAUUACCAUGCAUAAGAAAAAUGACCUAAUUCUUAUGGCUAAGAGUAUAAUUAGUCUUGAAUAAAUUAAUGAACUUUUAUGUAUGUGGGUGCUUUUAAGAAA